CGCGGCAAAACAAAUAUGGCUGCGACCAGAUGACAUUCUGAUGAAAACACAAUUCCUCGUACAACGAAUGAUAGCAUAAAUUCAGUCAUGGGUAGCAGAACAGAAAGAGGAUCGGAGGCUUCAGCGCUAUUACUGAAGAAGCUUUGCAUGAAAUUAACUGGAUUAUCAGACGAUUCCAUUUUGCCAGUGUUACAGCAUUCUCUCAAAAUAAUUGGCAGUAAUUUUGGAUCUCCAGUGGAAACAAAUGAAUUUCAAGUUACAGAAAAAAUCAAAAGAAAAUUGGUUCGGAAAGGCAGGGAGAAAGAUGCAGCUAUCUUUUCUGAUCUACACAGGAAACUUCAGGCACAGGGUUUACUGAAGCAGAGAUGGGCUGUGCUGUACCUGCUGAUGUCCCUCAGCGAUUCUGCCAAUGGACCAGCUACAAAGUCCUCUGUUAAUGGCUCAGCUCUGUUUGGAUCUCGCCUGCCCUCCAACGCGACCUCCACACCGUUCAAUCCCGCCCUCCACAGAUACCCGCCCCCGCCCGGGAGUCUUGGGGAGGUGACAGCCUUACAUUCUGGAGUCUCCCACUCCACAGGCAGCAGUGGCAUCAGCAGCAUCCGUAGUGACCUCAACAACAGUAAUCCCACAGUCCCUCAUUCAUACAUGCCAGUGACGACAUUCAACUCUGUUGAACUUGACCGGACUGGUAGCAGUCGAACCCUGGGAUCUCGCCUGGCCUCCACUCUGACAAGGCAAGAAAAAUCAAACACAGCUCUAGUGCCAAGCAGGGACAGACGACGCAAUAAACCAGAUUCCAACAUAUUGGUUCUCCGAGGAGAUAAAACAUCCUUUGAGUUGCCCGAAGCAGAGCUGAUCAAAGAUCUUGUGUAUGCUUUCCAGGGGAUUGAGGGAAAAUGGAUUAAAUUUGAUCCAUCUAAGGAAGGCUACAGAAUAGACUCUCAGGCUGGGAUUCCUAAAGCAAUAAGACAGCUAGUCAGCAAGCUUGCCGAGUGUGGGUGGUUAUACUCUAAAACCAAGGACUACAUCCAGACGAGAAGUGCGGACAAGACAUUUGGAUUAGUUGGGCAGAGUUUUUGUGCAGCAUUACACCAGGAGCUGACAGAGUACUAUAGACUGAUAGCAGUUCUGGAAGGUCAGUUGAACCAAGGAGACACCGGUUUGACAUCGCCGGAGGAGAGCUGUAUCACGCUGAGACAGUUGGUGGUGUGGACAUUUGAUCCACUGUUACGACUCAAGACUCUGGCCACAGUGGUGGACGUGUGUCGAGGUAAGAAAGGUGGAGCUCUGGCCUCGUCUCUGUACUCCUAUAUGCAGCAUGGAGACCCCAACAUCAAGGCCCUGAUAAUGCACACCUUGACCAUGGUAUCACAGCCAAUCUACUCCACUCUGAUACGGUGGAUAUACGACGGUGAACUAGAAGACACACAUGAUGAGUUCUUCGUGGCGUCUGACCCAACAGUUAAGAACGACCGCUUAUGGCAUGACAAAUACACAUUAAGGAAGUCGAUGGUCCCAUACUUCAUCACAAUGGACCAGGCCAGGCGGAUACUGAACACAGGUAAAUCAAUCAACUACCUGAGACAGGUUUGUCAGGACCGGACUCCCACCAAAGGUCGCGAGGUCGCCAUGAUCAUGGACAACACCAAAGCUGGUGAGAUGUUUAUGCAGGACACUAUUAGUGAGUUCCAGCACAUGAUUGACACUGUUUAUAAGGAGACGAGUCGCCACCUACUGGAUACCCUACAUAACAAGUACAAGUUCAUGGACCAUCUUAAGGCGAUGAGACGAUACUUACUGCUGGGACAAGGAGAUUUCAUUCGCCAUCUGAUGGAUCUUCUAGAACAAGAUCUUGCCAAGCCCGCAGGAAAUCUGUAUCUUCACAAUCUGACUGGCAUCUUAGAGACAGCCGUUAGGGCCACGAAUGCACAGUUUGAUGACUCCGACAUUCUAAAGAGGCUGGAUGUUAGACUGCUGGAGGUAUCUACAGGUGACACAGGUUGGGAUGUGUUUAGUCUCGAUUAUCAUGUGGACGGUCCAAUCAGAACGGUGUUUACCCCAGAGUGUAUGAUCAUGUACCUGAGGGUGUUUAAUUUCCUGUGGAGGUCCAAGAGGAUGGAGUACAUCCUGGCCAAUAUAUGGAGAAACCAGAUGGCCAGUGCUAAAAUGCUACAGUGUAUUCCAGAGUUGUCCAGUAUCCUACACCAGUGUCACAUGCUGACCAGUGAGAUGGUACACUUUGUCCAGCAAGUCCAGUACUACAUCAACUUUGAGGUGUUGGAGUGUUCCUGGGACGAGCUACUCACCAAGGUCAGCGAGGCGGAGGACCUCGACUACAUCAUUGCUGCCCACCAGGUGUUCCUGGACACCAUCAUCUCCAGGUGUCUCCUUGACGAACAGUCAAAGAACAUCCUGACCCAGCUGAGGACAAUCUUUGACUUGAUCAUCGACUUCCAGACAGCUCUGGGAGUGUUCUUCACAGAGGCGUCGGAGGAACAGAUGGCUCGACAGCAUUUUGACGCUAAGCAGGAGAAACGCUCUAAAGAGGGAGACUGGGGUCUGACAGAGGAGGAGGAGACCGAGGAGCAACACCGCAGGAUGGCAUUCCUGAAGAAAAUCAUUCCCAACUCAAGGGCUCAGUUCAAAGUGUUAUCUCAGAGUUACCAGGAUAUGGUUCAACAGUUCCUGGUGAUGCUGACAACCCACCAGGAUGUCAGCCUCCGCUUCCUCAGCUUCCGACUCGACUUCAACGAACACUACAAGACCAAGGCACCCCAGCUACAGAGCCCUUUGAUGUACAGAGGAACAAGGGCGGUCACGUGAUCACUCCAACAGAUGGGUUCCCUUCGUUUACAGAGACAUGAGUGUGGUCACACGAUUGCUCCACCAGUAGAUCCAAAGCAAAAGAGCUAAUUGACUUAUGAUGGAAACCACAUGCUCUGACUAUAUAAAACACUAGUAGUUUGAACAAGUCAUGUUCACUUGCCAUUGCAUGGUAAUGAUUUGUUUGACAAGUGAUUGUUAACUGCUCGUGUUCUAUUAAACUUGCCUAUUUGGAUAGAAUUUUCAAAGACCUGGGAAAGUUUCCACUGUAAAACACAAGUGCUUUACAAGGCUGAACUUUUCUGCUGUAUAGGCUUCUGCAAAAGGUUCAUAGGAUGUUUUAUACUAAAGAUCUGUUCUUGUGCAUUUUAUCGGCUAUAUUUUUGUAUUUGGACAUAUGCAUUUUGUGAAUAUUAUCUAUGAAUGCUUAGGAAUGAUAUAAAUAUAUAUAUAUGAUCACACAGCCUUUCAGGACCCUUUUAAACCUCAUGCUGCUUUCCAACCUCCACAGUGAAUAUCACUUCAACAAAUACAGAAAUGUUGGGAGCACUAUUAGAAUGAUUUGUGAGUACAUGUUAAGAUUGCACGAAGAAAGAUUGGUUUUCUGUGAAAGAAUAAAAUUAAAUUUUGUUCAUUAAGUUGUUGAAUGUGAACUUUAUCUGGUCUUUGUGUAUCCGUAACAUUUUGCCGUGUGUCAUGCACAUUUUACUUCCCGUAGCUUAUCAUGAUCACCGCUUUUCCUAGUCUUAAUUUUAGAAUUUUGUGUCAUAAAAAAUAAGGCUGCUUAAUUGUUUGUAUUUAAUUUGAUGCUGAAUAUUCAUAUUUAAUAUCAUUGUUUGUCUCAUUUAUAGGAUCGUCUAGAUUAAAUGUUAAAGCUACAGUUACAGUCAUUGAGCUCAUGGAUCAAAAUGUCCAGUUUUUCUCUUUUUUUCUUUAGUUCCUGACUUUCCUCUUUAAUCAUUUUUCUUUUAACUGUCAUAAUAUAAACUUGGCAGACAUUGCACGGAAUGUGACUUGGUGAGGGUGAAGCUUUCAAUAUUUCAAACUAGUCUUGAAUUUAGUUAAAUCUUUAUUUGAAUCACAAUUAAUUUAUGCAUCAAGUUCCCUUAAUCGUAUUAUUAUGUCUUUCUUUUUAAGAAGUUUAUUAUUUUUUGGUUGUUGCAAAGAUUCAACUUUCACAUAGACUUUCAUAGGCAACAAGCCCAAUUUGUCUCUAGGUCAACUAGAGUUACUUCCCCUUAUUCAUCAUGCUGGUUUCAUUCAAAAUUUUCAGUAAGUUAAGGCACAUUUUUAUGCUAGAUGCAUUUAUUUACAAAUUGUUUAACCUAACCAUUAAUGAAUUACAUGAGGGACCAGGUAAAGAUGUCACAUUGCAGUUGAUUUUUUUUUAUCAUUUCCUUUCAUAAGUAAAGACAAGUGACUUGUUUUAUUAUAUUAUAACUUUAAUGCUUGGGGGGAAAAAAACACCUAAUGUGUCCAGGAAUACUUCAAUUCAGCUUCUAGGUUUCAGGAGGAUACUCAGGGGUAUAAAGAAAACCCUGAAUCCAGGAUUCUAUAACCAAAUUCAUACUUGUGCUGACUAGAUUCAGCCUGCUAGGCAAACCCUCGAAAGAGCAUAGAUAUUUGGUGAUUGCUACAUGGUGAUGUUAAAGUAAUAUAUCAUUAUCAUGACUUUGUUUAAGAGUGUCAAGAUUACCAGUAAUUAGGUUGAUAACCUACUUGUUUGAUAUUUUGUUUUUUUGUGUUGAAAUAUUUUAUUACUGAACUGUACAUUGCUGCACAAUGUACCAUCUCUGAGCCCAAACCCUGACACGACAGAUCUUGACAAGUUCUCUAAAGUUGAGAUACUCUAUUAAUCUUUAACUUAAGGUGUUUCUUCAUACUGUUUUUGUAAUAGUGUGCUGCAGAUUUUAACACUCACUUUCGCUGUCUGCACCCCUGGAAUAUGUCAAAACAAAAUUGAAGGCUAAGCGUAUGCCAUUUUCCAAGUGAGACGAGAGGACUAGUUUGAUCAUAUUAUGUACAUAAAAAGAAUCUCUCUGUCUCUAACGGUAAAAUUGAUGGGCUUUGAAGUCGAGUGUCACACCUCUAAUUAUUUUUAAAGGACAGGUAUCAGCCUAGUGCUUUCUCAGAUUUAUUUACCAGAGACAAAUCGAAUAGUAAAAGUACAUGCCUUCGAUUUUGCUAUGACAUAUUCCAGGGGUGCAGAGAGCGAAAAUUAGCACCCCUGGAGUAUCGAGGAUGAUCUGUAGUCAAGAUGACAUAACUGCAUGCCUGUCUUGUGUGAUAGCAAUAGUAUAUCUCUUAUUAUUAAACCAAAUCUUUGCUAUCUUUAACUCAUUUCUAUAGGAAUGAAGUUUAAGGUUUGUUCUUUUUGAACUGGGUCAAUCACAUAUGAAUUUAUGAAAAAAGCCAAAAUAAAUCUUACAAACCCUUGAAUUCUGUCAUUUCAAAAAGUAAGAGUUGUGACUUUUACCUAUACAUUGUAUAACGUUAUAUCUUGAUUGCCAUGGAUAAGGAAGUGCUAUACAUCCUGUGUUGAGUGUAAUUAUAAUAAUACUGUGAUAUGUAAAGCAUUGUUGGUUCUUUUCAGUAAACUGUACUCUAAAUUGAAGGAAGUAAGGAAAUAAAAUCUAGAAGGAAA